UCUUGUGUUUUUCUCCUUUCUUUUGUUUUGCAUUCUUGUGUGUAUUCUUAAACAGCUCCUUAAGUUGCAGUUAUGCUUACUUUAUCCAAGGCAUGAAAAACUGAAAAUCCAAAAUUAUAAUACUAAAUAUGAUGACAUCUUUGCAUUUCUGAUCCCAUAAUUCAAUUGUCAAUCUUAACUCAAUUUGAGAUCAGUUUUCUUGCACACAGGAAUUGCCGAAAAAUAUUCUCUGUUUCUAUAAAAAGAAACUGUUAAAAGUGUUUGUUGACACUAGAUAUCUACACUGGUCCUUCCCUUUUCUCCUACCAGGUUGUGAAAUGUCAAACAAUACGCCAGUCAUAAAUAUGAAUACCAACUAGAGAUCAAAAUUAACUGCCCGUGGGAAGAGAUGUAGUAUUUUCUUAGAAAGGAGCCGGCAGGAGUUAUUUGUUCAAUGCAGCAGUAAAUUUUGAAACUGACGUAGUUAAAACUUAGUAAAAAAGGGAGUAACGUUAGAUUACCAUGCAGUUUCAUUAGAGGAUUCAAUGCCCACUAGCACAUGGUCAAAUAUCACCUGUAUAAAUAACACGGGGUUGCGGUGCCGAACGAAACAAAUAUGUAGAGAGAGGACAGCGUGAAAGAUGGCAACAAUCACGGUUCCUCAAGUUGCCCCGUCGCCCGCUGAAGAUGCCGCGGCUCUCAUGAAGGCUUUCCAAGGAUGGGGCACCGACGAGCAGGCAGUCAUAGCCAUCUUAGCUCACCGUGACGCGACUCAGAGGAAACAUAUCAUGCUGGAAUAUGAACAGAAGUACAACGAGAGUCUCAUCCAGCGACUGCAGUCAGAACUCUCCGGCGAUUUUGAGAGAGCAAUGUACCACUGGAUACUUGACCCUGUUGAGAGGCAGGCUGUGAUGGCGAACGCUGCAACGAAAUGCAUUCAGGAGAAGUACCCAGUCAUCGUCGAGAUUGCGUGCGCCAACUCGUCUGCCGAGCUUCUAGCAGUAAAGAAGGCCUACCAUGUCCUGUACAAGUGCUCCCUUGAAGAAGACGUCGCUGCUCGGGCGACGGGAAAUCUUCGCAGUCUCUUGCUUGCGCUAGUGAGCACUUAUAGGUACGAUGGUGACGAUGUAGACAUAGGGUUAGCAAAAUCAGAGGCGAAAAUUGCCCAUGAGGCUGUAAGAAAUGGCACAAUGGAUCACGAGGAGCUCAUCAGGAUCGUGGGUACUAGGAGCAAAGCACAAAUCAACGCCACAUUCAGCUGCUUCAGAGAUAAGUACAUCACAAGCAUCACAAAGGCAUUGCCACAUGGAACUGAUCCCACGGGCUACUUGCACGCGCUGCGAACCACGAUGAGGUGCAUUGCUGAUGCAAACAAGUACUUCGCCAAGGUUCUGAGGAAUGUGACCCGCGAAUCGAAGACUGACGAGGAGUGCAUAACUCGGGUGAUCGUGAUGCACGCGGAGAAGGACAUGAAGGACAUCAGCGGCGCGUUCCAGAAGAAGGCCGCGGUUACCUUGGAGCGAGCCAUCACUAAGGAGACCUCCGGUGACUACAAGAUCUUCCUCAUGGCUCUCCUUGGAAGCUAAACAACAAUGAUCUCCCCAUCUAUAUCUCGCCUAUUGCAAUAAUAUAAUAAGGCUGUUUAGACAGUUUAUUUGUUCACCGUAUUUACGUGAUAC